UACUUGUAAAUAGUUUUAGGGAAAUGUCAAUGUGUCACGUCCAUGUGUUCUCAUAUGGAAUAGAGGUUCUGGCUGGAUAUUAAAGAUGCCAAAGAAUAAAUUCAAGAAAAAGCCAGGUUCAUCCCUUGUGGAGAGGAAAAGGGCUCUGAGAGAGGCGGCACAGGAAGCGAAACAAGAUGAAAACAGAUCCAAACUGAAGGGAAAACAGAACUAUUCUGUUGACCAGCUCCUGGACAAGGCGGAAGACUGCAUUGACAGGUUUGAGUUUGAAAUGGCCCAGAAGUUCUGCCAACGAGCCUUGGAACUGGAACCCGAUCACAUCCGUGCCUUGGAGACAGUCGGGACACUGCUACUGGAGGUCGGCAACACUGAUGGCGCCAAACAGUGUUUUGGGCGAGCAGUGGAGGUCAGUCCGGAGGAGGGUCACACCAAGUACAUGUACCUGGGCCAGCUGAUGGAGGGGGCCAUGGCCGUGCAAUGCUUCCAGAAGGGCAUCGAGCUAAUGGUCAAGGAGAAGGGGGAGAGGGAGGCUAAGGAGGUUGCAGCAGCGUGCCGUGGAGCUGAUGAAGCCCCGAUCACCGACAGAGACAUCUCCAACGCCUUCUGCUCCAUUGCAGAGAUAUACAUGACAGACUCAUGUUUUGAUGAAGAUGCUGAAAACAAGUGUAAAGAGAAUGUGGAGAAGGCUAUCGAGACAGACGGAGAAAACCCUGAAGCAUACCAGCUGAGGGCCAGCUUCAUGUUGUCUAAAGACAAGAAAGACGAAGCCAGAGAAGAUAUAAAGAAGAGUGUGUCACUAUGGUUACCAAAGGUGCAAGCGAUGGAUAAAGGAGAUGUACCUGAUGAAGAAUUUGACCCCGUUGAGACUGUUUCACUGACCUUCGAUGCCCGAGUAGCUUCAGGGAAGAUUCUGAUUGAGGUGGAGGAGUUUGAGCUGGCCUGUGAGGUGCUGGAGUCGCUGCUGGACGAAGAUGACGAGGUGCCCCCCGUGUGGUACAUGCUGGGCUGGGCCAACUACCUGCAGGGGCAAGACUUCAGGGAGAAUGCCAGGUACUAUCUCAACAAGGCCAAUAAGGUGUAUGCCAAGGUGAAGUACGAGGAUGCUGAUCUGUUGAAGCAUAUCACAGAUUUAUUGGAAGAGAUUGGGCCAGGUAAAGGUGAUGACGAUGAUGAUGCCCAGAAUGGUGACAAGGACAUUGAACCAGACAGCACUGAUGACGAGGGCGAGGCUAUGGAACACUAGACUUCAAUGCCAGUUUAUUCCAUUUUGUUCUGUCAGAAUUGUGGUGAAAGCAGUCAAUAUAAUUAAAAUGCCAAAAAUAAAAA